AUGGCAGAAUCACUCCUUUGUUGCAUCGCAGAGGGGGUGCUCGGGAAGAUAGCCUCCCGCGCCCUCCAAGAAGCCGUCGCGAUUGAUGGCGUCGAGGACCAGAUCAGCGAGCUUAGAGAGACGUUGGCCGCCAUUAAGGCAGUGUUGCUAGAUGAGGAGAAGCAGAAGGCGAAGAACCACAGUCUGCAAGUGUGGUUAGACCGGCUUCAACAUGUGUUGUACGAUGCAGAGGAUGUGCUCGGAGAACUGGAGUGUGAAGCCUUAAGGAAGCUGGUGAUAAGUCGCUACGGGAACGUGAAAGAGAUGGUAUGCUGCUUCUUUUCCCUCUCUAAUCCGUUAUUAUUUCGUGCAAAGGUCAGUCAUAAAGUCCAGGAGAUAAGGAAGAGAUUAUCUAGAAUUUCCAUUAAGAGAGAUCAAUUCGAUCUUAAUGUGUGGAGUGCCGACGAUGGUGCAACGCAUACCCGAUCACGAGAGAUGACUCACUCAUUCGUAAACAUGUCAGAUGUCUUCGGUAGAGAUCAUGAUAAAGAAAAGAUAAUUGAGUUGUUGCAGCCGGUUGGUGACAAAAGCCCCAUGAUGAUUCCAAUUGUUGGAAUAGGAGGUUUGGGCAAGACGACCGUGGUUAAAUUAGUCUACAACAACGAGAAUGUGAAAGAGCAAUUUAAGCUGCGAAUAUGGGUGUGUGUGUCGAAGGACUUCAAUUUAAAGAAAACUAUUGAAGGAAUCAUUGAACAUGUAAUUGACGACGUAUGGAGCAACGACCGCCGUAAAUGGAAAGAAUUGAGAGAUAUGCUUAGUGCAGGAGCUAGUGAAAGCAAGAUCAUUGUGACGACGCGCGGUUUAGAAGCCGCUUCUAUAAUGGAUACCUAUCCGGCGCAUAAUCCGAAUGGUCUGUCUCAUGAAGACUCUAUGGCCUUGCCCAAGAAAUGGGCAUUCGAUGAAAAGGAAAAGGAGCCUCAUCCUAAACUCCUUGAAAGUGGAAAUGAUAUUGUUGAAAAUCUCAAGGAAUACCUCUCCUUGAGAAAACUUUGGGGAGUCUACUUUACACAAAGAACGAACAAUGGCAUUGGGAACACAUAA